AUGGCUGCCGAGCAGUGUCAUGUGAUGAUAUUCCCGUGGUUGGCGUUUGGCCAUAUGCUCCCGAUGUUCAAAUUUGGCAAGAAAUUAGCCGCUAAAGGUUUCAGAGUCUCCUUCGUGUCCACCCCCAAAAACCUGCAGAGAUUGCCCCCAAUUCCUGCAAGUUUCAUGGAGAGAUUAAGCCUGAGAGAGAUCGCGUUGCCCUCGAUACCUGGUUUGCCGGAGAAUUGCGAGGCAACUGUUGAUCUCGAGCAGCAAGAGCAAGUACAGUUCUUGAAAACGGCGUAUGACAGGAUGGCCCCGCCAUUUGAGGAGCUUCUGAGAUGGGACUUGCCGGAGUUGAUCCUCGUCGACUUUGCUUCACAUUGGGUUCCUGAAAUAGCAAACAGAUAUGGCGUGCCUACUGCGUUCCUAAGUGUAUACACUGCAGCAACAUUAGCGUACCUGGGAUCCCCCGAGGGGUUGAGAUCUGGAAACCUGCGCCCGAGCCCUGAAUACUUCACGGGCCCGCCUAGUUGGUUCGACUUCCACUCCCUGGUAGCCCACAGGCCAGAUUACGCACCGACAAUGAUGCGGAACACCCACACCCCAGAUGCAUCUGGUGUGUCCAGCGGCCAGCGCCUGUCUAGUGUCAUAGAGGGAUGCGACUUUGUCAUAGUUAGAAGCUGCAAAGAGUUCGAAAGAGAAUAUAUAGAUCUUCUCGAGAAACUCUACAAAAGGCCAGUGUUAGCUAUCGGACUACUUCCACCGAGGUUAAACACCGCCAUUCACCCCGAAACCAAUUCAUCGAGCUGGUCCGAAGCAUUCGAAUGGUUGGAUAAACAAAGACCAAAGUCUGUGGUCUUUGUCGGUUUUGGAAGUGAGUACAAGAUGCCUAUUCAUCAAAUCCACGAGUUGGCUUCUGCAUUGGAGCUUUCCCGGAUGCCUUUCCUAUGGAUUCUGAGGAAACCGGGAAUAGAUAACUCCGCCCUGUUGCCUACUGAUUUUGUUAACAGAACCUCAAACCAGGGCAGAGUUAUCCUCGGUUGGGCUCCUCAACAGAACAUACUCGCUCAUCCCGCCAUUGGCGGAUGCCUGUUCCAUUCAGGGUGGGGUACAAUAAUCGAGUCCCUUGGCUUUGGACAUCCACUCAUCCUGCUGCCAAUGGUAGCAGACCAAGGACUCAACGCUAAGCUGUUAGUCGAAAAGGAAAUAGGGUACGAAGUUCCUAGGAGAGAAGACGGCUCCUUCAGCCCGGACAUUGUAGCCAACUCAAUAAGAUUGGUAAUGGCAUCCCAAGACGGAGAAGGAAUAAGGCUGAAGGCCGCUCAAAUGGCAAACAUAUUCGGCAACCAGAAUCUCCACGACAACUACAUAGAUCAGUUCAUUCAGUAUUUCCAAUCAGAAGUUUUAACACAAUGCAGAAGAGGCUAG